UCGGUAUAUUUAGACAUUUUCCAAAUCACAUUGUAACGACCUAUACUGAACACAAUAAAUUAUAUAAUGCAGGCAACUAUCUGAGAGAAAAUUACUGCAGAUAAAACUAAUUACAGGCGGUUAUUUGUGUAUUGACGGAGUGAGCGAUGUAUGCUGGGUAAUGGCACAGCUAGCGAUUGGGUGAAUUUAUUGCACCGGUUUUAUAAACUGUUCUACAAUCCUUUUGAUAUUUGGAAAUCUGUCGAUCAUUCUGCUACAGCUGUAAGAUAUCUUCUCCAACUCCUCUGAAUACAUGCAGUCAUUUUACCGUCUGCUUUGGCUAAUCACGCUCUUACGUAUUAAAUUAAAUUAAAUGCCUAAUAAAAAAGCUGUUCUUUUUUAUUAGGCAAAAACAUUUUCGGCAAAAAAACAUUAUGCAAAAACAUUUUCGGUGCUGUUAAGGAAUUCACAGCGACUCACUUGUUUAAUUUUGAGAAAGUUUAUUUUUUUUAUCAUAUAGAUGAGCGGCAGUGACGUCAACGUACUCGAUCGUACCACAGGUAAGUGCGAAUCUGAAUCUGUAGAUUUUUUAAAAUUAUUUUUCUUAUUUAAAACCAAAAAGAAAAACCCGAAACAGUGAGCUCACAAAGCUGCUUUUAGCAGUUCCAUGGGUUAAGAUUAGCAAUUUCGUGGAACAGCGAAUGACUUAACAUUUAAUAGCAUAUAUGUUACCACACCACAUGUGCUGUAAGUUAGCUAAAUUCAUUUCUGUUAGCCAAUCAAGUUAAGCUUAUCAUAUAUCAUCAUCCAGGGUACAGUGAUAGAGAAGUGUGUGCUGACGUUUGCUGUUGUUGCCACUUUGUAAAGUUUGAGGGUUCUAAUAAGGGUCAGUGUUGCCAGAUUGGGUUGAUGCUCAAAUUGAAGAUAGACGUUAUCUAUCAAUCUAGCUCUCUCUUUAUGGCUCUCUCUCUCUCUCUCUCUCUCUCUCUCUCUCGAUUUUAAACUUAAUAACAGCAUUACAUAAUCAUUAAAUAGCAGACCGAUCAUCUAUGCUGCAAAUGAAAUACAAAUGGACACUAAACAGGGUUUAUCUAAAUCGUUACAAUAGUGUUUAAUGUAUAUAUUUAUUUAUAAGGUGCUUCUGAAUUCUGAAUACUUUUUUUUUCUAAACAGGUUCUUCAUCAAUCAGCCUAUUAUUGAUUGAUUCCUUCCUACAUCUGCUUUUUGAAGAACUCCUAAAGGCACUUUUAAGAGCCACGUCAGUCUGUUUGUAUCUGUUCUUACUGCUGUCCUUAUUGGUCUGUCUCUCUGUUUCUAUCCGCAUUUCUGUCUCUUUAACUCUUCAGCUUUUUUCUUGUUGUCAGUGUGUUUGUUAACCUAUAAUUUGCCUUUUGUCUGUCUGCUGCCUUUUCUGUCUGUAAUUAUUCUUUGUUUCAACAUGACACGCCCCAAAUUCAGGCCCUGUACAUUUUGCCAGACUCCCAAUCAGGCAAGCAGAAGAACCUGCUAUGUCUGCUUCGGAAGUCUGUCCAGCAAAAAGAAGCUAAAAGAAAAAGCAGAAUCAUUGGAUAGCCAGUGGGCAGAAGUUGUCUUGAAAAACAGAAAUGUUUGCGGAUAAUUGAUUCUGCCCGUAUUGCAGUGCAGAAACUUGAGUCUAUAGGCUACAAGCCCAUUUUAUUUAUUGGCAAAAAAGACAAGGAUUCACAUAAGUGGGUAGCAGAUGUUAUUACCCAUUUGGACCCCACUUCUACUACAAGAAAUUUCCUGGAGAAGAUGCAGAGGGCUUAUGAAUUUAUACUGUCUAAGGGAACCUCCACACCAGUGCACCCCAAUACCCCCACAGAACAGCAGCUUGUGCAGUCCAAGAAUGCCACCAAGGAGCAUUGUGCCGACAAACAGACCCACAUCAAAGAGCACGCAGAGAUCCCCAGUGAAGAACAGGCAGAGACCCUGAUCAACAAGCAAGCAGAGAGCCUCGCCAAGGAGCAACCUGAGAUGACCACCCAGGAACAUCAAUCUUCUAGGCUCCUCGAGGAGCACCCAAAGAGCCUGUCAGACGAGCAGACAGAGACUGUUUUUGUUCUCAAUCUUGUUCCUUUAUCUCCUUCUUCUGUUCCAUGCUCCCAGUCUUUCCAAAAAAAGAAGAGAGACAGAAGCACCUCACAAACAACCUCUCCCACCUCUCCACCACCUUUUAAACCCGCAGACCAGCCAUCUCUGCAGUCUCUUCAUCCACCUGCUAGCCACGCGAUCUCCCAGUCCUUAAGUGAGGGUGGCCAACAUGAAAAUAAGAAGAGAAAGAGCUGUCGAAGAUGUAGUAGGCAGAAGGUGUUCCAGUUUGAAGAAGUCACUGAGAGCAGGAUAAAUGAGGGGAACACAGAAGUAAAAGUGCGUUGGUUGCCUUGCUCUGUUUGUGGGAAAAUCUGGGAUGACACGUGGGAGCCAGCCAGUGAAUUUCAACACCACUUUGCCAUGCCAGAUGUGCCACCUCCUUCAGCCACUGAGGAAGUCUUUUUAUGAUGUUGUGAUGUUUGUUUUUCCAUGUUACAAACAAGUAAGAUAUAAUGUCUGAAAACUGAAGUUGUGUACUGUCUACAAGGAACACUUUCAGAAAUAUGUGGAACCAAAGGUCCAUACAUCCAGAUGUCACAUUGAUCUUCUCUGUUCACAGACUGGAUAUGUUCAUUUUCAGCAGUUUGAUUGUUUAGAAAUGUUAGACAAAUAUUUAUACUUGUUAAAAUGCAUUGUGUUACGUAAAAAAAGACUUUAUCUUAUGUUGUUAACUACAAUAGUAGUUCUGUGUUCUUAACUUGAAUGUUUUUGUACAGCAUUUAUAUUUGCUACAUUCUUUAAAAAGUGAGUGUAGACUGUUAUAAUUGUUACGGUGAAUAUGACCCGCAGCUAGCAACUCAAUCCAUAAAACCCAUCAGUCUGUUUCCCUUUAUUUCUCAUAUGAAGUUGUUAUUGUAAACAGGUGUUCUGUUUAGUUUAAAGUAUGAAGGCUGGUGAAAUUGUACUGAGUACUGUCAAUGAAAAGUAAAAUAAAAAAUCAAAGGUCUAUUGACAUGUGAGAACUUGUAGUACUGUUUGAUGUUGAGACUGAAAGUUUCCAUUACUAGUAGUAUCAACUUUCAUAAUUUUCUUAGAUGCUCAACAUUGACUUGGCCUUGAUCCACCUACACUGUUAUAUAAAUUCAUUCUCUAUGCAAAUAUAAUUUUUUCUGCUUUGCACAUAUAAUGUAUACACAGAACACAGAAAAUGUCAAAUUGCACUACCAGUAAUCAUUUCAAGUGUGAUGU